AUGAAUUUUUCAUAUCUAUUUUGUAUAUUGGUGUCGUUGAGUUGGGUGAAUGCGGCAACGCACACCUUCAACUGGACCACGGGUUGGACCUUGGCCAACCCAGACGGAGUGUUCGAGAGACCUGUUAUCAGUUGCAACGGCGAGUUCCCAUGGCCUGACAUCCGGGUGCAGAAGGGCGACCGGGUGCUUGUGUACCUGACCAACGGGUUCAAUGACACUCAGACUUCGAUGCAUUUCCACGGUCUUUUCCAAAACGGUAACAAUCAGAUGGAUGGAGUGCCAUUGCUCACCCAGUGCCCAAUCGGCCCUGGUCAGACUUUCCUGUACAACUUCACGGUGGAGAGCAAUUCGGGUGCUUACUGGUACCACUCGCACACGGAGGCGCAGUACGAGGAUGGUAUGAGAGGAGCCUUCAUCAUCGACGAUGGUGAAAACAACGAGAAUUACCCAUAUGAGUACGACGAGGAAGUCGUUCUUUCCCUGAGCGAAUGGUACCAUGACAACGUUGCUACCCUACUACCGCAGUUCUUGAGUAUAUUCAAUCCCACAGGUGCUGAACCAAUUCCUCAAAACUUGAUCAUCAACGACACGAGGAACUUGUCCUGGGAAGUUCGCCCAGAUACCACGUACCUAUUAAGAAUUAUAAACCUUGGUGGCUUCGUUUCGCAGUACUUUUGGAUUGAAGAUCACGAAUUUGACGUCGUUGAAGUCGAUGGUAUCACAGUUGAAAGGAAUACGACAAAUAUGAUUUACAUCACGUCCGCUCAACGUUAUACUGUUCUAUUACACACGAGGAAUGAUACUUCAAGAAAUUAUGCUAUUAUGCAAAAGUUUGACGACACAAUGCUUGAUGUGAUUCCAGACGAUUUGGAAUUGAACGCUACUUCCUCACUGACAUAUAAUACUUCAGCACCACUUGCUGAACAAAGUUACGUUGAUUCUAUCGAUGACUUCUUGGAUGAUUUCUAUCUGGUUCCUCUAAGCAGGGAUGCCUUAUUGCCGGAACCUGAUAUCAGAAUAACUUUAGACGUGGCGAUGGAUAACUUGGUAACAGGUAUUAAUUAUGCCUUCUUCAACAACAUCACCUAUGUGGCACCUCUAGUUCCUGCUCUGGCUACGGUUCUGAGCGCUGGUGAAAAUGCAACCAAUCCGGAGAUUUAUGGUUCAAACACACAUAGUUUUGUCCUUGACGAGGAUGACGUGGUUGAAAUCGUUUUGAAUAAUUUGGAUACUGGUAAGCAUCCUUUCCAUUUGCACGGUCACGUUUUCCAGACAAUUAUAAGAGACAGGACUUAUGAUGAUGCGAUUGGUGAAGUUCCUGUUCCAUUCAAUGAAUCUGAUCAUGCUGAAUAUCCACAAUAUCCAAUGCUAAGAGAUGUUUUGUACGUUAAUCCUCAAUCAAAUUUCGUCAUUAGAUUCAGAGCCGAUAACCCAGGUGUUUGGUUUUUCCAUUGUCAUAUCGAAUGGCAUUUGGCUCAAGGUUUGGCCAUCGUGCUUGUUGAAGACCCACUCGGUAUUCAAGCAAACUCAUCUCAAGAAUUGACUGCUUCUUCACAGGCUGUCUGUAAUGCUAUCAAUAUGCCAAUAACUGGUAAUGCUGUUGGUAACAGUACUGAUUUCUUCAAUCUGGCUGGUGAACCCGUUCAACCAAAUACUAUCCCAACAGGCUUUACCGCAAAGGGUAUUGUCGCUAUGGUCUUCUCCUGUCUUGCAGGUGUCCUUGGUUUGAUAACUAUUACUAUUUAUGGUCUAAUGGAGCAAACCCACGUUGAGGAGGAUUUUAUUGAAGAUAUGAUGAUAGAUCCCGCCACUGUGCUCGAAGAAGACGACUCUUCUAAUUCUAACACAGCUGAAAAAUCCGGGGCUGAGCCAACGGUUCGCGAAUAUUAA